GCCAUUUCUCUCGCUCUCUCUUUCUUGUUUUCACCCAAUCUCUCUCUCUCUCAUUUUCUCUUCCCCCCCUUUCUUCGUGGCAGUCAGCCGGACGGGCGCCAUGAUUGUCAGGAAGACAUAACCAGAGCAACAGCUUCUCCGGCCAACGGCUCCCGUGUCCCCUCACUCCCGCCUUGUGCCUGUGCGUGUGUGUGUGUGUUGCCUGCCCCACACUUUCCUCCUGUGGUGCGUGUAGCCGGGAUGUGGUAACCUUCCCCAGCCGGGAUUCCGCCUCUUCUGCUCCGAAGCCUCCUCCUUCGCCCCCCACUUCUUUGUGGCGAAGCCCACUGGCAAGGGCAGCCUCGUCAAGGCCGGCCGUUAAAAGUGUCCCUCUGUUGUGUUGUGUUCCCUCCCCCACUCAGUAAAACCGUGAGUGAAAACGUCGUUCCGCCGCUUCACUGAGGGGGGGGAGGCCCGCAAACAUUUUCCCCGUCACCACAACAUGGCCCUCCUCCGGCAGUCGCAGUGCCGUAGCGGUGUGUGACCGUGUGUGCGUGCGCGUGUCUAUAUGGUGGUGUGUGCAUGGUGUGUGUGUGCGCGCAUCCUCCCUCCUCUCCCAGCGCCCCACCACUGGCAGCGGCGUCCUGCCUUCCUCCUCCCUUCUCCUCCUCCUCCUCCUCCCUGCAUACACAGCCAGAGCCAGCACAAUGGCCUUUGAAAGCCUGUUCUCCAAGCCCCCAAACCCAUUUCUUGACCAAAACAUGCCCGACUCUGACAGGCAACAUGCAGGGGACGAAAGAGAGGAUGGUGAACUUGAAGAUGGUGAAAUAGAUGAUACUGGAUUUGAAGAAGAUAAAGAAGAACAAGAUACAAAAGUUGAAGAUAAACAGAAAAAUGAAAAAACCCAUAGAAAAUCACGGAAGAAACGCAAAAAGGAAAAGGAGAAGAAAAAGUCAAAAAGGAGAAGACGAGAUAAACACAAACAUAAUUCCCCUUCCAGUGGUGAUAGUUCUGAUUAUAGUAUUGAUUCUGAAGCUGAACGUACAGAAAGAUCACAUAAGAAAGGAUCUAGCUACUACAGAGACUAUGAGUCGUCAUUUCUUCAGCAUGGCCAUGUUUCUGGAAAAUAUACAUCUUCACAGAAGAUACAACAUAAUAAAAAAUCAAAGAACAAAGACUAUGAUAAUUAUAGUGAUGACUUUGGCUACAUUGAAGAUGAAAAAGAAGAUUUUGCUGACCAACUAAAACAAUAUAGACAAGUUAAAGAAACAUCAAAUAUUGAUGUAGAUACUCCAGUUUUGAAAGAACCAGUGAAAAAACAGGGGAUGAAAGGGAUUCAGAAAGGUCCUGGUCAAACUAGCAAUAGUUACGGUGUUGGCCGAGGGCGUGGCAUGCAAAAGAAAUUGAAGCGCAAAGACCGAGGACGGGGAAGAGGAAUAAAUAAAGGAUCUGAAGAGUUUGCCUUAGGAUAUUUAUUUUCACAGGAAAUAAAGCCAGUGAAGAAGUGGCCAACUAUGAGCCAGGCAUUCAUAAACCAGCAUACAGUGGAACACAAAGGAAAACAGAUUUGUAAAUAUUUCCUAGAGGCACGAUGUAUUAAGGGAGACCAAUGUAAAUUUGAUCAUGAUGCAGAAAUAGAGAAGAAAAAGGAAAUCUGCAAGUUUUAUAUACAGGGCUAUUGUUCCAAAGGGGAGAAGUGCAUUUACAUGCAUAAUGAAUUUCCUUGCAAGUUCUACCAUACGGGGGCUAAGUGCUAUCAUGGUGACAAGUGCAAGUUUUCUCAUGAUCCAUUAAAUAAAGAUACAAAAGAACUACUUGAUAAGGUUUUGAAUACUGAAGAGGAGCCACAAAAUGAUGAUGAAAGAGAAGUUGAAGAACUUAGGAAGCGUGGCAUAGUCCCUCUUCCUAAGCCACCCCCAGGAGUUGGGCUUCUACCAACCCCUCCAGAGCCAUAUUCAUUUACUGAGGAAGAUGCAGAAAACUUUCAGGAUCCCUCUGGGGAAUUCAAGAAAAUUCCUUCUCUGUUUGAAAUAGUAGUGAAACCUACUGUGGAUUUAGCACACAAAAUUGGAAAAACUCCACCAGCAUUCUAUAACAGCUCGUCACCACCAGGACCAGAGUUUGAAGGAAAUGAUUCACAUAUGUACAGUGUAGAGUCAAGCCCAGGAUGUAAUGGACCUACGGGGCUUCCAGGUUCCCCUGGGCAUCCUUGUACAGGUCCAGCAGUGCCACAGAGUCCACCGCUGCAGCCAAUGCCUCCUGGUUACUUAGGACCACAAGGACCUAUACAUGGACAGCAAGGCGGUCCACCUUUAACACCACCUGGUACAUCUUACGGCUGCACAGUUGGUCAAGAACAUAUGGCAAACAUACCCAGAGACAAUCAUUGCCCACCUGGUCCACCAUAUCAGCAGAUUCCUGGUGAACGGCAGCCGAAUGCUAAUUAUGAGUCUCAUCAGCAUCCAGCUAACUUCUAUGACAAUUACUAUUCCCACCAAGCUGUUCAUAACUUCCAGACAACCAAUAAUGCUGGUGAUGGUAUGUGGCAAGGAGAAUUUUCAGAUCACCAGCCUCACCGCAUUUCCCCAGAUUCACAUAACAGUGGAAAUGAAUACGAAUCAGACUGUGCCACUGCAGGAGGCCACCAUUCAGCUAUUAAUGUACCAGACUUCCUUCCUGCAAUGCAAAAAGCGCUUUUUGUAAGGCUAAGUCAAAAACAACAAGAUGAUGGAGAACAGAUGAGCAGUCGAUGUCAACGGCUGCUGAGCAGAGAAGAAGAUGAUAACGUAAACUGGUAUUCCAGCAGUGAAGAGGAAGAAGGAAACAGUGUUAAAUCAAUACUGAAGACCUUAAAGAAACAAAGUGAGACAUUUAUAAAUCAGCAGCAGUCAACAGACCAGCAGCAGCUACGUGUCAUGCCAACUGACCCAAGGCUUGCUAAAGAGCGAGGCCCAGGAAGUCAAGCUGCUGAUCCUAGACUGAGGUCAGCUUCAAGAUCAAAUGCCAGAAAGACGUCAGAGUCAGGAACCUCGGACCCUAGGCUUGCACGGGACCCUAGAAUCUUAAAGAGUAAUGAAACGAGUCGUGCAAGCUCAUCCUCUAGUGGAGCAAAGAUAGACUUGCACCACACACAUCCUGGUGUCAAAGUCACACAGAAAGGACUGGAUGAAGAUGAGGAGGACACAGAACGAGAGCUGAGAGAGAGAGCUUUUCUAAUACCAUUGGAACCUCUUCCUGGGGUAACAUUGCGGGACCCAAGAUCUCAACUUAGGCAGUUUAGCCAUAUUAAAAUGGACAUUGUUCUGAGUAAACCCAACUUUGCUAAACAUAUUGUAUGGGCUCCAGAAGACUUACUCCCAGUACCUUUGCCCAAACCAGACCCAGUAUCCUCAAUCAAUUUGCCCCUUCCUCCUCUCAUAGCUGACCAGAGGUUUAAUCAAUUACGGAACAUCAAAAGUGAUCCCAUCCCAAAUGUGUUGCCAUCUGACCCACGAUUAGCAUCAAAAGCGAAAAAUAUAACUUUAUCAAACAGAAGUGUCUCUUUGGAUCAUGCUACGGAUUUGCAUCCUGCAAACACAAGCAAAUUAGGAGAUCCUCGCUUGCAGAAAACCAUUGAUCCUAGACUCCAUAGACUGUCCAGUACAGACUCACAUCACGGAACAGUGAAAGACCCUCUGCCUUCAAAAUCUGAUCCCAGAUUAGCCAAACCUAGUGCCGCUACAUCACAGUCAUCAGAAGCUACAGGUUCUCAGUCUGACUCAGAUGUGUUGCCACCAUAUGCACCUAAGCUGUCAUCUGCUAGUGCUCGACUGGGCACUCCUAGUUCAAUAUUAAGUGGCAUUAGUUUGUAUGACCCAAGAAAUCAAACUUCACUGGACUCUUCUUCAGUUAAUUCAGGAGAGAAUGGAGAGAACCAGAAAAAGGGUAUUUUGAAAAACACUGGUCAGAAUGAAGCUACUCGUGUGGAAGAACAGUCACUUCAAAAAUCCUCCCCACAUGUAGAAAAGAACCAAGAAGCAUUUGCAGAAGCUAAUCCAGAUAAGACAAAUAGUGUCACUAAAUCUCAGGCUAAACACUCCAGUCCUGCUCCAGCAGUGCACAACCUUCCCAUCCAGGCUUUAUCAGGGUUAAUCAGACCACAAUACAGUGAUCAGAGACAAGUAAGGCAGCCUGGGCAGAUCAGUCAAAUGUCAGAAAGUGAUCCAAAUGGAGAAUCAGAUGACAAAUCACUGAAGGAUGUUUUCAAGACAUUUGAUCCAACUGCUUCACCUUUUUGUUAGCUAUUGGUUUACUAAGACUUUUUACAAUUGUGAAUAAUGCAGGUUUCUGCAGUUUUGUAAUUGGUUUAUCUCUAUGCUUUUAUUUAUUUAUAAAUUAUAACCAGAAACACUUUGGGGCUGCUAUUUUCAGAACCACAUGCAGUAAUACAGUAUGCUCUAGUGUUUGCCAAGUUGGUAUUUUCUAUGUGAUUUUUCCCAUUCAUGGGAGAUUAAUCAUUGACCUGUUUUAAAGAAAAAAAAAUAGGUAUAUCAUGUUAGAUCUGAGAGAAGCACUUUCAUUGUAAAUAAUCAUAAAUUGGGUUAAGUUUGAGGACUUGUAUAUGUGUAAUGUGUCUUUUCAAAAUCAGCGUUUAGAGAAUGUUUGCCACUUUUGUAUGAUUGUACAGGUUCAAGCAAUAUAAUGUACAUUAUUGUGAGAGAUACUAUUUAAGAUGACAAUUAUCUAAUCUAUCAAGCCCAACUUGCUAAGUAAAAUAAAAAUACUGAUCUUUUCUGAAAAAAGGCAUCAUUUUUUAUUUGUAAAACAGAUACUCCUAGUCUAAAAAAUACUGUAUUGCAUAUUGAGCUGAAACAACUUUUUAAAGUAUUUUAUUCUGUAUGUAUAUUGACGAUAAUACAAAAGACAUAACUAAAACGUUGUUAGAGUAGAAAACACCUAUGCUAAAUGUGUAAAAAAGUAUUUACUUUCUUCAUCUAUAUACGAUUCUCAAUUAGUGCUAUGUUCCAUUGUGGUGUUCAUGUACUCAAUGUAUUUUUGUAUUCAGCUGCUUAAUUUGUAUUGCUUUUUUGUAUUGAUGUAAUGACAGUAAUAUGUAUCUAUG